CUAAAAACGAUACUGAGGCAUUCAACUUGCUCAUCCAGAAGGCAGUACGUUAUCCCGCCUCAAGUUUUCCCUGUUUUGCAGCUACUUACCACUUGGACCAUACGUGGACACUACAACUGGCAAGUCGUUUGGAGUUCCUGGUUCUAAUUGUAUUCCACUCCUUAUUCCAGUCAGAGCAAGCCACAUUUUACACUUCAGGUGCAGCGGGUCUAAUUCAGCAAACGCACCUGUUUAACCUUACAGGCUCUAAGCAACCGAAUUUCUUGAAAGCCUGUAUAAUCUGUCCUGUUUAUUGCAUUGCGCUCUCUAAUACGAAUCAGCUCCACCUUUUCAAUUUGGCCGCCAGUUUAUGUCUUGGGGUGCUGUUUCAGUUCCCUGCAGUAUUGGACUUUUGUGUUGGUGGAUCACUUUCUGAUUCACCCGAGUAUUGUACUGCGGAGUAUCCUGGUAUCAGUCCAUUCAAGCUCAUCGUACUUCGCCAGCCGUGCGAAAAUGACGAACCGCCCAAAGCAACCAUGAAUUUCAUGUGUAAUUUGAUUGAAGUCAUGGUCUUCCCCAGUGCUGUUGUUCUUCAUCGCGUCUAUGUCCACCAAACAUCUUGGCUUCUAACCGUCUCUGUGGGAUCGGACGGCGUAUAUUUUGCUGAGUUGAGCCCAAAUGCUGUGAACAAUAGUGAAUCGAAGUCGAAACUUACCCUGAAGAUGCUGCAAACCUUGGAUCCCAAACAAAGAAUCGCACGCCUCUUGAAGGAAGACCGAUUUGCUGAAGCCAGAGAGGUUAUGAAAGCUUUCAAUUUGGAUUCAACGGUCGGUCAAGCUAUUGCUCUUGCAGAACUUCGAUUCCGCGUGGCGACUGCGAUAGCGCAACGCAAGACAUGUGGUGACGUAGUGGCUGAUGAUGCAAACCAACUGCUUCUCUGCUUUGAUGAAGUUCAAAAAGAGCAAUUGGACGAGAAUCUGCUACUACAAUUGUCCGAGCUUGGACUCCCGACAGCAGAACUACAAAUGCGCCUCCUUUUGCUUCUGAAAGGGAAGCUGUGCUCAGUUCCACAGAAGACAGCUCCGCCAGAGACCUGUUUGACCAAAGUCUUCACAAAUUUGAAGAGAAUUAAAACAUUUCUUUUGCUCUACGGACCACAUCGAUACAGUGUUACCUUAUGGGAGCGGUUCUGCGCGUUGGACGCCUACGUCUUAUUCAUUCAGUUACUCAUGAAUCAAGAUGAAUUCGAUAACAGCUGCCGUAAUUCUGUGUUGAGAGACCCAGGAAAAGCCUUUCUAGUCUGGGAUCUGUACAAGGAAGAACUUUUACCUUUGCUGAAUUCGGAGAACCUGGAACGUCUGUGCAAUCUUCUGACUCAGCGACCUUUGUCAUACAAUUCUGGAGAAGCGCCCACCGAUCAUAAAUUCGUGCGGGACUUCGUUGCCGCAGAAACCGCCAUUCACCGAUGGCUCAGAAACGAGCUACUGUAUGCUGUAAUUUUACGGUGUUCAGAUGCUCUGCCUGUUCUGGUUCAGUUCGUCGUGAAACGCGUUUACCAGCUACAAGCAGUUUGCGUAAAUUCUUCAACGAGCAUCGGUUCACACAGCUUCUGUCCAUUCAUCUGGCCUACAGACGCUCUGGGGUGGACGGAAGGUUUUAUAAAAGCUGCAUCUUUCAAGUCAGAAGAUACUCUUCUUCGCACUCCUGGGGAUGAGGUCUGUUGGUUUCUAUCUGGUCUCGCAAGUCUAGAUCCUGAAGUCGACCCACUGUCGAGUUUACGGAAACUGGACAAACAGUUACGCACACUCAAAAUUCUGCAAACAGGAUACAAUCUUAAAUUAACACUGGAUUGCUGCGAUGAGGAAACUGAAAUCUCGAUUGGCUAUCGUAUUCUCGAUCUGGCUUUCAAAUCCGGCCUGCCGUCAUCCCACUAUGUCGACACAGUCACAUCUCGCUACCUUACAGAUCGCGCCAUUGACCACGAUGCAUUUUUCCUGGGCUAUACCUUGGAUCUGGUCGGACGCAUCAAGAAAAUCGCGCACUUGCCAGACACGACAGACAGCUUGAACGACAACAAUGAUCGUACCGAGUUUACACGGUUUCAACCAGCGGAUUGUUUGCAUUCCGAUGAUUUGAACACACUAAUCCAUCAGGCUUGCCUGGCUUCCGGUUGGAUUUCGACAUUCUUAUGUAAACUGGAAGCAGUUUCCAAAUUGGCCUCCGUGGUUCGCCUACCAUGGCCUCCGGAACUGUUGGACACGGUUGAUCGCCUGUUGUAUUGUGCCACCGAGAAUCUCCUGUUGCCGAAUGGCUCAGGAAAAAGAAUCAGAGUUACUGUUCUCCACGUUUUGUCCCGUUUAAAGCGUCUCGGUCGAAUUGCAAAAGUACAUUCUAUUCUGCAGCGGCAUAAAAUCAAUGGGUUGUAUUUAGGUGAUGCAUUUAACGACGAUUCUGUAGAAUUCGGAAAACGCGCAAUCUACCGCAUGUUGGUUAACUCUACCCAGCGCGAUUCCUUACCCGACCCUGAAGUGCUCGAAGAUGCCCGUGUCAUUGCCCGAGAACUUAUUGAAUCCCCGGAUUGGGAGCUGUGGUUCUCACGUAUCCGCAUGGAAAUCGCCUUUGAAAUGUCUAUCUCGAUGCUCACGGAGUCUGCACCUCCAACAUCAAGUCGAGAAUGUUGUCUCUCAUUCAUAUUUGCGCAACUGGAUUCCAUCGUUGCUGAUUUUGACGGUUGUUCCGAACCUCUUCACCUGCGUGCUUAUUUUAUUCGCAUCUGUUUGAGGUCGGUCGAUAUCGCCCUGCAAGCGCGCAACUGCAUGCUCCCAGAACAGUGUUCGUUGCUGGAGGACCUGGGAAUUUCAUUGUCCAUUUCCUUGAAUGCGAUUUGUCCCGCGGAUACCCUGCACUUAAAGUCUGCUAAACUUUACCGCUGGUUGCACAAUGAGCAAACUUCGUCCAUGCUUACACAUUUACAUCAACUCAAUGUCUCCCGGUCUCUCAACGGACUGACGAAUGCCUGCUUACGCGAACGCUGUGUCCUUGCACGACAAUUGACCAGUUGGUUUGCAGAGGCCCACGGAGAGCUAUGGGAUUUGUCCCGUGCUCCUUUGUCUCUAGUAGAACUCUAUGACCUCGUGUUUUCGGACCUACCGCUUGUUCUGCGAGGUGAAUUACUGGCUUGGAAUUGGUAUUCAUCUAUUCUUGCACACCUGAAAUCUAACCCAAAUCAAAUGUCGCUAGGAGCUGGUGACAAACUGAGACGCCUCCGAUCUAUCCUAAGUACAUUACGUGAGACUGUUUCGCAAUAUAAUCGUUCGCACUCAGUUGCUGAGAGUGUCUCCGCAAAGUUGAGGAAACUAACGUUAGUCAAUUCAUUCGACGUUCCGGAUACAUGUCACUUCUGCAGUUGCCUCUGGAAUUCUCCGAUGUCUCGAACAGGAGCACUUCUUCAGCUUUACAAGGAUACCCUGAUCCCUUCAAUACUACAAUCUAUGCCAGAGAAACACAUUGGGUCAUUUCAAUCUUGGAUUUUUCAGUUGCAAGGCUGCAUCGAGGAAAUGGCAUUGCUCUGGUGGUGGGCAGGUGCUGGUAAUCAGUCUCAACCGAGAAGAAAAUUCCCAACGCAUACGGGCUUUGGUUGUGCUCUCGACUUACAAGCCGGUACUAUUCAGUUCGAAGGGAUCAGGCAAAUCUUAAUGGCAUAUCUUGCGUUUGUGAACGGACUUACGGAUGCCCUCCAAGGAGAACAAAUGACACCGUCGCCUGGUUCAGACCCACUGGCUUAUCGGUCUGUUGUGCCAAUGUUCCGAGAGUCUGUAAAAGAUACCUCCACUUCAGCAUUUUUGGAAAGCCUUCAGCUCUCAUUGCAAUGGCUGGUAGAUUUAUUCGGAUGGCUGACCUCUUCGUCAAUCAGUACCGGCGAACACAACUACUCAGCCACUGAGGUGAAAUCACCACUGGACCCUUUUGAGCCUCUAUUUAUCGGUGCGGGCGAAGUGGCAUCAAAGUGGGCUGAUACCUUCAAUCUUCCUCUUACCGCAUCUUUACCUUUAUCCGUUGGACUACAUCGCUUGGUUACACGGCAGUUCGAGCCGAAUCUGUGGAGUGGCAAUCAGCCAUCCAUAAUUGCCACAGACUCAAUGGCCAUCGCUAGUAUUGUAUAUGCGUUCGCAAUCGUAUCACCUCGACGUGCAUCCGCCCUACUCGAACUCAGUAGCUCAAUGGCUAAGUCGUGGCACUGGCAUGCAGCUCUGAAAACCUACGGGCUUGACCUCUCGCAUGCUGGACAUCGUGCAGAAGCCUCACCCUUCCAGAUCGUUUUCGACAAACUCUGUCGCAUGGUACCGGUUCCUUCACCAGACAAAACGACUAGCCGUAAGCAGAUGUCGGUCCUUCUUCCCGCGGGUCGUCGAGCGGAUUUCCUCUCAGUUACUUCCAUGCGCUCAUUAAAACUGCGGCCGUUACCGCCACUUAGUCUGCUGGCUCAGUUUGCCCACGACUAUGAUCUGUGCUUAAGACGAGGCUUGCUGAACCAUCUAAAGUCUCUGUUUGUGCCAAAGGCUGAGCUGUUUUGUCAACAGUCGUCCACCGAUACUCUUUUUUCGGGAAAUACGGACAGCGAAAUUGACACAAAAGCCUAUCGUUCCCGUGAAUCGAUGUUACUGUCGCGUGCCCGACUCGUUGUGAAGCAUUUGCUAUUCUUGUGCAAAGACACAUGUUUGGACGAAUUGAAAACAACCCUUCUUCGAUUCUUCACAGAAACUUCGUCGUACGAUUACGAGCGUCUUCGUUUCCUUACGUCUUGGAUUUCCGAGUGCGAUCCUUGUUCUUUGGAGCCACAGCAAUUCACAUUCUCAAAUCUGGCUGACCGGCACCCAAUGUGUCACGUGCGAAUGCCUUAUCACUUGGUUGCAACACAUCCACCCCCACUGGAUGUAAUAAGUUCCGAAGUGAACGCAAAUACGGUGGAUUUCUGGCUUCGAGUGGAUAAAUUGAUGCAGUGGAACUCAUCCGACGAUCUCCGCUUGAUGGCUGCCAACAGUCUUGUCUCGCAGUACGAAAAAGCCGAUUUAUUGCCGUUGGCCGGUUCGACGCGUUCCACUUUACUAAAAAUACCCGCCGCUGCCAGCUGGGAUCGAAGUCUGCCCUGUCAGGCACUUAUGGCUCCAUUCUUUUCCACACUUCGCAACCUUUUGAGAACAGUCACCGAUCAACAAAAGGUCUUAGCGUUUCUUGGAGGUUUGUCGCGUCGUGUGAUUUACGGUCCUCAAGGCCUCCGUGUACUUGAAAUCGCUUGUGAGUUUGCAGAGCAGUGGCUCAACAAGGCUGAUGAGGAAGCACGCCUGGAAUACAAAAAUGAACUGUCCCAGCAGCAGUGGAUUAACCGAAGUAACCUAUCACAAGAACUAGAGGAAUCUGCUAUACAUAUGGCAGCGGACGAACGCAUCCAGUGGUCUCGCGAUGCGUUGGAACGUGCGAAUGCUCGAUAUAGACAGUUGGCUAUGGAAGCUUGCCUUCAUCAGAACCAUCUGGCACACUGGAAUGAAGUCACCCAACAACUUCAGGAACCCGCCAAACUAAUUACCACCCUUCUGAUGAAAGUUGUGUCAGUCCUCACUGAAGAUUACAAGACAGACGCUUCGGUCAGUUCGCGCCUACCGGUUUCGGACUUAUCACUCCGCCAUCGCCUUCUUCGAGCCAUACCGCGACUCGCCGAAAUUGCGCGCAUCGACCUACUGGAGUUCAGCUGUAGAUUGUUGGUUGAUCGCCUCCGGUUGCCUGCGCAGAUGUUAACUACCGGUGUGGCUCUUGGUCCCAACGAUAGUGUAUCUAACCAAAGUCUCCUGUUGGACACAAGUAUUGGAUCACAGAGCAUCGCUCCCUGUGACAUUACGUUUAGUGCUACUUUCGUGGGUUACCAAACAAAACCUGUCAGUUGUUCGUCCCCUUCGUCGGAGCAACCAAUGGAAGAGGACUACUUGAUUGCGGAAAUUUUACUUCGUGUUCCUCACACGCGUCAAGAAUUUCUCCCCAGCCUACACUCCUUUGUCUUCACUGGAGACAUGAACGCCUAUGUAGUUCCACGUUGGUGUGCAGCACGUUGUAUCCUCCGGUCUCAGUUAGGGUUGGUCGUUUGGCCGCGUCUAUCUUUCAGCGAACUGCGUGCUGUUUUGAGUCGUCUGGCUUUGUUGGCCAAAUGGCCUGUGUCAGCCCAUCAACGUCUGCUUAUUGAAGCGUCUGAUACCAAGACCUCCCAACAAGGUGGCACCUAUACUUCAAUUUCCGUCGAUCGCCUUGAGACAUGUGUCAAUCAGCUACUAACUGUAGAAGUUAACCGCCCCCUCGCAAUCGAAAUGGCGAGCAUAUUGACCGUAGACUUCAACUUGAUCAACACACGGAUUAUCAACCAGCUUCUUUUCUAUUUGAGAGAACAGCCGGCUGCCCAAAGUAUUCCCUACUGGAUCCGUUUGAUGGACUGCCUUCGGAGCUUUGCUGCUUGGUGGAAGUCGUUUGCUUGGCUAUGGGACUCCUCUUUCGAUACGCGGACCGUUUCUCACCUAAUUCAACAGUCCCUAGCACUUGGAUUGGGUCCUGAAUCACACAACUCGAGGCGAGUUGGUCUAGGAUUUAACCGAAGCCUAUUCACCCUUAUUGGCUGGCCAUUCCCAGAUGAAAACCUUGAAAGUGCACUUGUAUCUGCUGGAAGCCAACUUGUCAAUCGGCCAAUCACUUUCGGAAAUGAGGAACGACAUGCUUACAGACUCGGCAUACUCUGUCACCUUUUGGUGCUCAUGUCAACCGUAUGCUGCCGAGCAGAAAACGCUGACUCGCUCAGGUCUAUUUUCAAAUGGUUUUCCGAUUGUGGGAAUCACCGGGAUAUGGACCGGCUUCGUGACGCACUUGAAAGGACCGACCUUCACUUAACAGUUUCAUGUUUUAAAGAUAUUUGACAUUUACCGUUAGUUAUCAAUUCCGUUACUAUUCUUUUACAUCCAAUGUUUUUUCCUGAUUGCUGUAUUUGAUGGGCAAUCCAAUGACUGAACCGGAAAAGAUGCGUUCCUUUCCAGAUCGUUGUGAGAUAGCAACCCAUCCGCCUGUUUGUGUAGUAACGAACUACAGCGCAUUUAAAAAGCUCAUGCAUUUGUUUUGUUCACAAUCAGUUUGGUUUCUAUCUUUUUCCUAAGUAAACUUUCCG